AUGGUGUGGGUCUACAGCAUCCUCACCGCGGCUCUGCCACUCUUUGGUUUUGGAAGUUACGUCUACAGCGAGACAAAGUUCCUCUGCGUUCCCAGCUUCAAACCAUCCUGUAUUGCCUUCAACAUGCUCUUCAUGGUGGUGGGAAUCAUCAUUCCCAUUGUACUGAUGUGCUCCAUGUAUGGAUAUAUAGUGUAUAUAGCUAGGAACCAGGUGCGACGAGGGACGUUUGUUUGCAACGAAGACCAUUGUUUCUACGUGCCAGCCAAUAAUUACUUCAAAAGCUCCAUAGUAAUGGUGACUACCAUAGUGUGCCUGCUCAUUUGCUGGCUGCCAUACAUCGUUAUCUGCUUCUAUGAGACAUUGACGGGAAAAGAGAGCCCGCAGCCUGCCUCGGCUGUUGCCACGUGGCUUGUACUCUUCACUUCAGCUCUAAACCCAUGGAUCAACUCCAUGACUCAAACGAGGUACAGAGCAGCGCUGCGCAAAAGCCUGAAUAAAAUCCAGCAGAUGUUUGAGUAUCCUCGUAAAAACUCCCUCUUGAGUAAUGAUUGCACGACCAUACAGCCACGCCGCGAGAGCAACAGCUUCUCCUCACCAGCCCCCAGAGUACCUCCGGCACUACAAACAAACAACGAACCCCAACAGGAACUCACACUAGUUUGA